AUGUCUAAGGUCGCAUCUACCUUCUCGCGCCUCGUGCGCUUCGUUCCCAAGUCGAACCCUGCUAAGGUUCUGAUCGGUGAGCCCGUCGAUGCCGCAGUGGAUGUUGGAUUGGCCGUCUACCAGGGCAAGGAUGUCGCUGUGCGCCCCUUCUCCGGUAGCUCCGUCCUCAACCCCGGCCAGAAGACCGACACGACCGAGACCAUUGAGCGCGUGCUUUCGCCUUUGGCACAGAGCGAAGUCGGAUCCAUCCGAUGCAUUGGACUGAACUAUGUCUCCCACGCUGCUGAGAUGAAGCUGUCCAUCCCCGAUGUUCCUACUCUUUUCAUGAAGCCCUCGACUGCUCUGUCCGACCCCUGGCCCGCCCCGACCGUUCUGCCCAAGCUCACCCAGAUCGACAACACGGGUGACUACGAGUCGGAGAUGGUCAUUGUGAUCGGUCGCGAUGCGAAGGAUGUCAGCGAGGCUGAGGCCCUGGACUACGUGCUCGGAUACACCGCGGCCAACGAUAUCUCUAGCCGCACCUACCAGAUGAACCAGAGCCAAUGGUGCUUCUCCAAGGGCUUCGACACCUCCUGCCCAAUCGGUCCCGUCCUCGUUUCCGCCGCUCAGGUCCCCGAUGCCAGCAAGUUCCACAUUCGUGGAUCGAAGAACGGAAAGGUCCUUCAGGACUGCCCCUUGACUGAUCUGAUCUUCAACGUGCCCCAGCUCGUCAGCUUCCUGUCCCAGGGCACCACCCUGCCUGCGGGUACUAUCAUCCUCACCGGUACUCCCCCCGGUGUUGGCGCCGCCAAGAACCCCAAGGAGUUCUUCAAGCAUGGCGACGAGUUCGCCGUCGAGCUGCAGCCCCACGUCGGCACCCUCAUCACGAAGAUUGAAAACCAGGCAUAA